AUGGAGCGCGUGUAUGCGGUGCUUGCGUGGCCGGCCUACUGGAACGAGUGUUCCCUGCUCACGGCCAAGGUUGCCUCGGGUGACACGCCCUCAAUACCUGCUCACUUGGUGCAAGCGCGCACAGCUGCAAAUGCGGCGUGGAAUGCGCUCCUAUUGUAUGUCUGCGACAUGGCACUGGGCUAUCUGCUGAGCACAGCCCUAGAGGCGCACGAGGCCUGGCUAGUCCAACGCGGCGUGCAGCUCUUGGACGCCAUGGAUGCGCCCGCACUGCGUUCGGUGCUUGACUGGCUCGCGCAUUGGCCACUCGGCAUCAAGCUCAAUACGGAACUUGCGCUUUUUUCGCGCGAUGUGCUUGCGAGCAUAGCCGAGGCGCAUUCGGCGUACGUGCUGCAGCCCCUUUUUGCACACCUCUCCCAGUUCGUGCAAGGCUGUUGCUGGGUAAGCAGGUGCUUGGGAGCUACUGUGCUGCUGAGCGUGCUGCUGGACACGCUCAUGGUGCUUGGCAUGCAUGUACGAGGGAUGUACUUUCUUGUCCGGCACGUCUACCUCUUCUUUACGCGUGCUGCCGGCUCACUCUUUGACAUGUUUCGGGGCAAGAAGCGCAAUCCUAUCCACCAUGGGCGGCUUGAUACGGCAGAGUACGAGGUGGACCAACUGUUCCUCGGCACGAUCCUCUUUACUCUCCUUGUCUUUCUCUUCCCCACCGUCCUCAUGUUUUAUGCGACGGUGGCAGCCGCGCAUCUCGCCGUGCUCUGCGUCUACGCUGGGCUCGUGUCGCUGGUGCGUCUGCUUGGAGCCCUCCCCCUGUAUACCCUGAUUCUCCGUGUGUGGAAUUCCGCGCGUGUGCCGUGUGGUGUUGCCCUCGUCGGCCAGUAUCGCAUGAAAGGCUGUGCGAUCGGUCUGACAGCCGCGCUGGCGCCGCUGCACAGCGCCCUGCGCCCCCUAGCAGAGGUCCCCCACCUCGUGUGGUGUGCGCUAUGUGGUGCGCCACUGCAUGUGCCGCUCUAA